UUCAUAAGCCCUGUGAAAGGAUCUCUGUUUAACCAAAUUUCUCCCAAGGCCACCCCUUCAAGGACCACCCCACUACAAGGGAGAGAAGAAUGGCAGUCAGGGAUUAGAUUUCAUAGUGGGGUCCAACCUCUUGCAGGAUGACAGAAAAGGAGGUGCCGGAGUCUCCUAAACCCUCCUUCCCAGCAGAGACUCGGCAAACAGGGGUGAGUCUGGGCCUCUGACCAUUGGGUGUGGGGAACUGGGAAGCCAUGACAGCCCUUGAAGAAAAGUGCCUGAAUUGAUCUCAGUUGUAUGUGACUUACUGUUAGAAUGCCAGCCAGUACCUGUAACCCUCGAUACCCCCUAAUCUCGGGGCAUGGACACUAGAAAAUACCCGGUGAGCUUUAGCCUCACUUGCUCUAGAGAGGGUGACAGUUAUUUUAACAUCGGCUUUCCUUCACUCCCUCCUUCCCUCCUUCAGCUGCAGCGGCUGAAGCAGUUGUUCAGGAAGGGGUCUACAGGGACAAAGGAGAUGGAGCUUCCCCCAGAGCCCCAGGCCAAUGGGGAGGCAGUGGGAGCUGGGGGUGGGCCCAUCUACUACAUCUAUGAGGAAGAGGAGGAGGAAGAAGAGGAGGAGGAGGAGCCACCCCCAGAACCUCCUAAGCUUGUCAACGAUAAGCCUCACAAAUUCAAGGAUCAUUUCUUCAAGAAGCCCAAAUUCUGUGAUGUCUGUGCCCGGAUGAUUGUGCUCAACAACAAAUUUGGGCUUCGCUGUAAGAACUGCAAAACCAACAUCCAUGAGCAUUGCCAGCCGUAUGUGGAGAUGCAGAGGUGCUUCGGCAAGAUCCCCCCUGGUUUCCGUCGGGCCUAUAGCUCCCCACUCUACAGCAACCAGCAGUACGCUUGUGUCAGAGAUCUUUCUGCUGCUAAUCACAAUGACCCUGUGUUUGAAACCCUUCGCACUGGGGUGAUCAUGGCAAACAAGGAACGGAAGAAGGGACAGGCAGAUAAGAAAAAUCCUCUAGCAGCCGUGAUGGAGGAGGAGCCAGAGUCUGCCAGACCAGAGGAAGGAAAACCCCAGGCUGGAAACCCUGAAGCGGAUAAGAAGGCUGGGAGGAAGACACCUGAUGACAAACACAAGCAGCCUGGUUUCCAGCAGUCUCACUACUUUGUGGCUCUCUAUCGGUUCAAAGCCCUGGAGAAGGAUGAUCUGGAUUUCCCGCCUGGAGAGAAGAUCACAGUCAUUGAUGACUCCAAUGAGGAGUGGUGGCGGGGAAAAAUCGGGGAGAAGGUUGGAUUUUUCCCCCCAAACUUCAUCAUUCGGGUCCGUGAUGGAGAGCGUGUGCACCGUGUAACGAGAUCCUUUGUGGGGAACCGCGAGAUAGGGCAGAUCACUCUCAAGAAGGACCAGAUCGUGGUGCAGAAAGGAGACGAAGCCGGUGGCUACGUCAAGGUCUACACGGGCCGCAAGGUGGGGCUGUUCCCCACCGACUUCCUGGAGGAGAUUUAGGGGUGCGGGCGCCUGAAGGCGAGAGAUACCCAUUUCCCAUUCUGGGCGGGCCCAGUGGAGGUGGGGGAGAAAAGGGGCGAAGGCAGCUGGACUGCUGGGUAGAGGAGGGGAGUGCAAAGGCCCGCCAGAGCAUGACCGGGCAUCUGGGAAGGAACUGGUUCCAGCCCC